AUGGCGUCGAGACCACAUGCUAUUUAUAAUAAUCAAAAUGCUAUUAAUUAUAUAAAUAAAAAAGGAAUUGAUGAAUUAUUUGAGGCUAUAAUGACAGCUCUAAUGGUUUAUAAACCCGAUGAUCAUAUCGCUUUUAUUCGUGAAUGUUUAGACAAGGUGCAAAAUACCUCAAGUCGUAUUCGCUGGGAUCUGUUUGUAAGUAAUACAAGUAAUAUAAAAGGUGCCUUACCAUUGAAACCAUCGAAUUAUCGAAAUCGACAAAAAAUCUUACCACCUGUUCGUCCUACUAAUCUAUCAUCGAAAACAAGUCAAUCAUUAGAUCGUAAAACAGCAAUGAAAUCAUCAACAUUACCACCGAUUGAUUCUAAUAAAAAAUUAUCUACACAUGUGCCUAUUAUGUUUAUUCUAAGUGCAUCAAGCUCAACACAAUUAUGUGCACGAUUAAUUGAACGUUAUAAUCAAAUAACAUAUUUAUCAAUUGAAGAUAUUGCUAAUAUUGAUUAUGAUGAUAGUAUAGAUCUUAAAAAACAGGAACAUCGAUAUGAUUCUAUUCAAAAUGCAAUCGAAGAACGUCGUUCAAAUGCACAAGGUUUUAUUAUAUCUGGUCAUCUUGAAGAAAAACAUUUUUAUAAAAAAUGGCAAGAAAAACUCGGACGAAUCGAUCUAACAAUUGUAUUAUCAACCGAUCGAUUAACAGUGUCAAAUCGAAAUUUAAAUCUUGUUCAAAUUAAUUCAAAAAAUGAUUCAGAUAUUAUACUUGCAGAUAUAAUUCGUGUUGCCGAUGAUAUAUUUCCUUUGAAUACAUUUAGCAAUAAAAAUACGGAAUUAAUUGAAUCGAAAACAAAUAGUUUUAAUUUACCAAUUAUAUUUUGUAUUGACAAUCAUCAAUUACCAAUUAAAGAAAAUAAUCAUAUUAAACUUGGUCAACGUUUAUCACUUGAUAUUGAAUUCGAAAUAAAUAAUGUGGAAAAUGUCGAAGAACGCAAUAAUUCAUUUAUUUAUACAUUAUCGGAACGUAUUGCUGAAGAUUUUUCAUUUAAACAUAUUCAUUAUGGAGAUUUUAAGGAAAUAGUACCACGUUUUGAUCAAUUAAAAACAUCAAUUAUUGAAACAAUGAGUGUAUGUCCCGGUUAUGUUAUCGAUCAUUUUCCAACAUCGUUCGAUGAUUUACAAAAAUUUCAAAAUGAAAUUGGUCCUUGUGCAGUAUUAAUUUAUAUUGGUGAACAUCAAACAGAAACAAAAGAUGAUGAAUUAAAUGGUAUUGUUGAAAAAUUUAAAGCAGAAAAUAAAGCUAUUUAUAUCGAUUGUCUAGUUGAAGUCGACGAAAUUUAUGAAGAUCUCAAGAAGGAUAUACUCAAACAUAUAUGA